AUUCCAUCUUUAGCAGCAGUGUCACUGGAAAAGGAUGGUAAUUGAAGGCUUUGAAGCUGUGCUGCCUUACAGUGAAGACUUAAGCAGUAAUUAAAUCCUUCAAGACCCGCCAAGACUCCUUUGGCUGAAAUGGGGAUGUUCCGCGCCCUGGAUGCUGCGUCGCGGAGAAAAGGAUGUUUGAACAUGACCCCGUCAAAGCAGCGAAGACUUCUGUAAGACAUGGAUAGAUGCAAACAUGUUGGGCGGCUACGACUCGCCCAGGACCACUCUAUCCUGAACCCCCAGAAGUGGCACUGCGUGGACUGCCAGACAACUGAAUCCAUCUGGGCUUGUCUGAAGUGCUCCCACGUAGCCUGUGGGAGGUACAUCGAGGAGCAUGCACUUAAACACUUUGAAGAAACCAGGCAUCCAUUGGCGAUGGAAGUGAAUGACCUGUACGUCUUUUGUUACCUUUGUGAAGAUUAUGUCUUGAACGAUAACCCGGAGGGUGACUUAAAAUUGCUGAGAAGUUCUCUGUCAGCAAUUAAAAGUCAAAAGCAUGAUCCGUCAACAAGAAGUGGCAGGACAUUGCGAUCGAUGGCUUUGGGAGAGGACACGUGCAGCCAUCAAAGGAGCCCUCAGGGACAGUCUCAGAUGCUUACAGCUCUCUGGCACAGGCGCCAGUCCUUGCUCGCCAAGGCGCUGCGGACCUGGUUUGGUAAGAGCUCUAGAGGCCAGCUAAAAUUAAAACAAAAGAAACAAAUGGAGGAGUUGGAGAAAAAGAAGGAGGCAGCUAGGCAGCGGCGGCAGGAGAUGAAGAGACAACUCCUGGAGGAGCUGGCAAACAAAAGCGCAAGGCUGUUGUCUCAUGUGCACAGAGAGAACUUGAUUCCAAGGAAAUUCAGGGAAGUGGCGACCGCUUCCCCUACCUCAAGGCAGAUGCAGAGCAGCAGAUUCAAACAGUUUUAUUCCAUCCGGCGUAAGCCUCUGAUGACUCCCGGGGUAACGGGUCUAAGGAACCUGGGAAACACGUGUUAUAUGAAUUCUAUUCUGCAAGUGCUAAGUCACCUCCAGAAAUUUAGAGAAUGUUUUUUGACACUUGAUCUCUGUGAAACAGAAGAACUCUUAGCCAAAACUGUGAAUGGGAAGUCUAGGAUGCCUGGUAAAUUGGCAAAUGGGUCUGCUGCUAAUGAGUCAGGGAAGACUGACAAAGUGGGAUCAUAUGGCACGCAGAGCUUGCCAGCUGGCUUAAAUGGUGGCUCCUCGAUAAGCAGGAGUUUAGAACUGAUCCAGCCCAAGGAACCGAGUUCAAAGCACAUCUCCCUCUGUCACGAAUUGCACACCCUCUUCAGAGUGAUGUGGUCUGGCAGGUGGGCGCUGGUGUCCCCCUUUGCCAUGCUGCACUCUGUGUGGAGCCUGAUCCCGGCGUUUCGAGGUUACGAUCAGCAGGACGCUCAGGAAUUUCUCUGCGAGUUGUUGGAUAAAGUACAGCAGGAGCUGGAGUCGGAAGGAACGAAGCGCAGGAUCCUCAUCCCUUUCUCACAGAGGAAGCUCACCAAGCAGGUCCUGAAGGUGGUGAACACCAUUUUUCAUGGGCAGUUGCUUAGUCAGGUCACCUGCAUAACAUGCAACUACAAAUCCAACACUGUUGAGCCCUUCUGGGAUCUUUCCCUGGAAUUCCCCGAGCGCUAUCACUCUAUCGAGAAAGGGAUCGUCCCUGUUAACCAGACAGAGUGCAUGCUGACAGAGAUGUUGGCCAAGUUCACCGAGACCGAAGCUCUGGAAGGGAGGAUAUAUGCCUGUGACCAGUGCAACAGCAAACGGCGAAAGUCUUCUCCUAAACCUCUUGUUCUGAGUGAAGCUAAAAAGCAGUUAAUGAUCUACAGACUACCUCAGGUCCUCCGGCUGCACCUUAAACGAUUCAGGUGGUCUGAACGUAAUCACCGUGAGAAGAUUGGGGUCCAUGUCCUCUUUGACCAGGUAUUAAACAUGGAACCUUACUGCUGCAGGGACUCUCUCUCCUCUCUUGACAAAGAGACCUUUGUCUAUGACCUCUCCGCUGUGGUGAUGCAUCACGGGAAAGGGUUUGGCUCAGGACACUACACAGCAUAUUGCUACAACACAGAGGGAGGUUUUUGGGUCCACUGCAAUGACUCCAAAUUGAAUGUAUGUAGCGUGGAGGAGGUGUGCAAAACCCAGGCUUACAUUCUUUUUUACACUCAAAGAACAGUGCAGGACAAAGCAAGAAUCUCAGAAAAACAACUCCAAGCUCAGGUGCCGUCCAAAAAUAGUGAUAAGGACAGAAGACUGACAUUCCCGUGA